CCCCAAACCACACGGUUCGCCCUUGACCUUGGGACCUCACACCAGCUGCAGCCUUCACUUAUGUCUAUCUACCUUGCCGGUCAACAUUAGGCCUAUCUAACACUGCAGCAAUGUCAGCUUCCCUUCUCCGUAGCGUUGUACGCCGAGAGGCACUAGCAGCCCGGGCAGUAUGGCAGUGUUCCAGAGCGUAUGCCAGCACAGCGCCCACAACAAAGAACUACAUCAAUGGAAAAAUGGUGGAGUCCAAAGCUGACAAGUGGAUUGAUGUGCAUAACCCGGCUACUAAUGAGGUGGUAACGAGGGUACCAGAGUCCACCCAGGACGAGAUGCAGGAGGCAGUAGAUGUGGCUAAAACAGCAUUCAAGACCUGGAAGGACACCACCAUCCUUACUCGACAGCAGUACAUGUUUAAAUUCCAAAGUCUCAUCAAGGAUAACAUAUCAGAAUUGGCCAAGAACAUUACUCUAGAGCAAGGAAAAACUCUGAUCGAUGCUGAGGGGGAUGUGAUGCGUGGAUUACAGGUUGUUGAGCACUGCUGCAGUAUUCCAUCCCUCCAGCUGGGGGAGACCUUGUCUGGAAUUGCCAAGGACAUGGACACCAUGACCUUCCGGACACCCCUGGGAGUAGUGGCCGGUAUUACGCCUUUCAACUUCCCAGCCAUGAUCCCACUAUGGAUGUUCCCCAUGGCCCUCACCUGUGGUAACACUGUCAUCAUGAAGCCAUCAGAGCGUGACCCUGGGGCGUGUAUGAUGUUGGUGGAAAUGGCUCAAGAGGCAGGUGUUCCUGCUGGUGUUGUCAACGUCAUCCAUGGCAGACAUGACUCGGUGAAUUUCAUCUGUGACAAUCCUGAUAUCAAGGCUAUCUCGUUUGUGGGCUCUGAUCAAGCUGGUUCCUACAUUUAUGAGAGGGGAUCCAUAAAUGGUAAACGAGUCCAGUCCAAUAUGGGUGCUAAAAAUCAUGGUGUGAUUCUUCCUGAUGCAAACAAGGAAAACACUCUAAACCAGUUGGUGGGGGCUGCUUUUGGUGCCGCAGGACAGAGAUGCAUGGCUCUGUCAACAGCCAUAUUUGUUGGUGAGGCCAAGGAAUGGAUUCCAGAGUUCAUCGAGAAAGCAAAGAAACUCAAAGUGAAUGCAGGUCAUGAACCCAACGCUGACCUUGGACCCUUGAUUUCACCUGAGGCAAAGCAGCGUGUCCUUGACCUUGUGCAGUCUGGUGUAGACGAGGGUGCUGAACUCUUACUGGAUGGGAGAGACUGUCAAGUGAAAGGAUAUGAGAAGGGAAACUUUGUUGGUCCAACCAUGCUUCACCAAGUCAAGCCUGAGAUGAAGUGCUACAGAGAGGAAAUCUUUGGACCUGUUCUGGUCAGCUUGGAGGUGGACACAUUAGACGAUGCCAUCGAUUGCAUAAACAAUAAUCCUUACGGCAAUGGUACCGCCAUCUUCACAACUAACGGUGCAGCAGCUCGCAAGUUCACCAUGGAAACUGAUGUAGGCCAGAUUGGUGUUAAUGUGCCCAUCCCUGUGCCUCUACCGAUGUUCUCCUUCACUGGCUCCAGAGGAUCCUUCAAGGGAGAUAUGAACUUCUAUGGGAAAGGGGGUGUCCAGUUCUACACUCAGCUGAAGACUGUCACACAGAUGUGGAGGGCUGAUGAUGCAUCGAUCGGACAGAAGCAGACAGCAAUGCCGGUGAUGCGAUAGUGCUAUACCACAGAGUUGUUGUUGAUGAUGAUGCCAGCAUGUAAAGGGAAGGUUGGGACGAUAGAGACUUCCACUUGUGAUAGAAACGUGCCACAUUUUACACCUUGUUAUUGCUAAACAUUUACAUUGUUUUGGAUAUAAACAGAUUUUGUUGUAUGCUCAAAUGGAUAACUGCAUAGGGUAGCUCUAUUUUUGUAGCAUUCCUUUUGAUAGGCAUUUACUCAAAAAUAUUUAUUUAUUUCAAAACUACAAAAUCAAGUUACAAUGUAGUCAGAAUCUUUUGCCCUGAUUUCUUACCUUGAUUUCUUUUAAAAUGAGAUAUUUAAAAAUAGCAAAUCCAUCUAAAAGAGGAAAUUAUAUUUUUUGUGAAAUUUUGUUAGAAAGAUUUGAACCAUGAUAAUGUAAUCCUCAAUCUAUUAAGUCAGUUGUUGUUCUUGUGAGUAUGGUUAUUAAUCACUGAAAUCAAAAUAGUUUUGUGCUUGCUGCUUCCGAAGUUUUAUACUAAUAUCUAUUCAGCGAUUGUAUGCUUGUGGUAGUUUACUUCUCAAAUAAACUCUUUAUCGGCUUGCUUUAAUUAACACAAUUAUUUAUUUUUAGAAAUCUCUGAAAACAUCAUAUGUCUGUUGAAAUAUUUCAUGUUGAAUAAUAGUAGAGAGGAAAUUUAAGGUGUGCUAAAUAUGUGUAUUUGUGUGUGUGUGUUACUGAUCUGAGCUAGGCUCCUGUCUCGUUUGUUAUGAGACCAUUUACAUGUUGAAAUACAUGUAUCUAUGUAUAUAAUCCUGUAUUUGUAAGUCCUCAUUGCACCAUGAUGUAGUGAGCUAGUGUAAUUCAGGACUUUGACCGUGAUCAUGAUGGUAGUGAGCUAGUGUAAUUCAGGACUUUGACCAUGAUCAUAGCGUAGGUAGUGUUAUUCAGGACUUUGACCAUGAUCAUCAUUACUAAGUAAACUUAACCAAUAUUAUGCACAAAAUAUUGCUGUCAUGUACCUGUUUUCAAAAUAAACAUUCACAUGUUUUAGUC